CAUGGCGUUAAUAUCGGAUGGUUUUCAUCCGCUUUGCCUGCACUAUUGUCAAAUGGCACUCCACUUGCAUCCGGCCCAUUGUCCUAUGAAGAAUUGUCAUGGAUUGGUUCUAUGAGCAGUCUUGGGGCCAUUUUUGGAACAUUCAUAACUGGACUUCUAUCGAUGUUGUACGGUUCCAAAAGAACGAUAGUGUUCCUAGCGUUUCCCGUGAUCACAUUCUGGGUGCUUAUUCAUUUCGCUAAUACAUUUUACGAUAUUUUAUUGGCGAGAUUCAUUACUGGUUUGACAGGAGGCGGUUUCUCGUCAGGAGCUGUUCUAUUUAUAUCGGAAAUAUCGAAUGACAAUGUUCGUGGCCGUCUUGGCUCGCUGGUUUCGUUGGCUAGAAACAUCGGUGUAUUGAUGGCUUACACUGGAGGUGUUUUGAUCGAAUACGAACACAGGCCGUAUAUUUUCAUCUUGCUUCCUAUAUCUUACUUGAUUAUGGUAUACUUUUUACCAGACACUCCUCAAUACCAUCUAAAAAUGGACGAUUUUGAGGGUGCUGAAAAAUCAUUGAUGUACUACAAAGGAUGUACGGGCGAGACUGAUCGAGAAAAAUCUCUGCUGAAGACUGAAUUCGAUAGGAUGAAACUGUUGGAAGAAGAGCGAAAAAAUGGUUCAACCAUGCAAUUAAACGAUUUCUGCAAUUGGUCGGCGUUCAAAGGAGUUGCAACGUGUGUGGCAAUGUCAUGGUUCACCCAAGUGACGGUUUUAAUGUACUAUGCAUCGUUGAUUUUCAAACUUUCCGGCUCGGUGUUCAGCGUUGACGUAUCAGCCAUCAUUUUGGCAAUUGUUCAAAUCAUCGGUGGACUCACAUCAACUCAAUUUGGUGAUACUUUUGGAAGAAAAACCACUUUUUUCAUAUCAUUACUCGGUUCAGCAUUUGGAUUAUUCAUUUUUUCUACGUAUUUAUACUUCCUUCAUCAUGGUUAUGGCCUAUCAAAAUGCACGUGGCUUCCUGUUGUGUGUCUCUCUUUUGUCAUGUUCAUAUCUACCGCUGGAAUUUUGGCAUUAGUCCAUACGUGUAUCGUGGAAAACUUUCCACCAAAGAUUCGUCCGGCUGGCAUGGUCUUCUACUCAAUGAUAAAUGGCUUAGUUACAUUCAUUGUGGGGAAAUCGUUUCCAAUUUUGCUGGAAGUAAUUCAUUUACACGGAUUCAUGUUUCUUCUUGCUGUCAACUGUAGCUUUGGUUUAAUUUUUGUGGCUUUUAUGAAGGAAACCAAGGGAACAUCGCUAGAUAACAUACCGGAAAAUUUAUGAAUCUAUUAAAGUCGAAAUAAAAUUGGUUGAA